GAAGGAGAUUGGAGAACUGAAGAGGGUCUCGUGAUAAAAAAUCCGCCAGGAACAAUGAAGAAGUCUCAUAAAGCUGUUAGUGCCCAGAUUCUGGCAAGUGGAUACACGAAAGGUACGUGUUGAAUCUUUACAACCGCAUGUGACCAACAUGUAUGCCAUAACCUACGUGGCAGGCAGUUUAUAAAAGGGAAAUCGGGCGCUUUGUAGAUCGAGCUCUGAUUGCUUCGAUCGUCUGCUCUACGUUUUUAAAAAUUUGUCCUAUUGGCCGUCAAAAUAGACUGAUAAAUGACAUAUAUCAGAUGGAUUAUUCCAUCGAGAUGAAAACCAGCGUCCCGUUUUCACUUUAAGAUAGACUUGUCUUUUCUCAAAAUCGGUGCGGGCGUUAGAGUUUCGCGCGCGCGAGGAGAGCGGGUGUUCACCUUAGCUUUAGACCUUUUGUCGACUGCUCGCGCGUUCUUGGCCUACGCAAAAUCGCUGACUGUUCAGCAGUCUACGUCUAACAUAACUGAGACGGGUUGUCCAUCUGAUUUUUCGAAUUGUCUGGGAAUAAUGUCUUUUUGGGGGGUGGAAUUUUGACUUUCACCAGGAGCCCAUUUCACCAAGUUAUAUCAGUCCAAUUUGCUCAAGUUUUGUAGCAGCUCCUACUCUUUGCGUUCUUGCUCGAAUAAGUUACUUCAAGUCCCGAGAUCUAAGCUAAAGUCUUAUGGUAAUCGAAGAUUUUCUAUUGCAGGACCUAAAUUAUGGAACAGCAUACCCACAUCUUUAAGGAAUACCGAUUCCUUGAAUUCUUUCAAAAAACACUCAAAGACAUAUUUAUUUCACCAAGCUUUUUCUUAAUUUAUAAAUAGAUUUUUAUUUAUUUUUCAUACUUACAUAUGUAGUUGUUAGAUUUUUUAGAGUUUUAAUAUAUUUUUUGUAAAACGCCUAGAACCGUUAAUGAUAUAGACGCUAUAUAAAUAGAGUAACUGUUUAUUUAUUUAUUUAUAUUUAUUUUUUAGUAUUACUCAUACGAGUCUGCCUGCGUACUAGGUAGGCUUUGUAGUCGUCUGAAUAAUUUGUUCAUUUGCCAAUUUUAGGUUAAAAGACGGCUGGAAAUCUUCAGUGUUAUUUCAUUCUGUAUUCUUUCAAGCAUUGCCUUUUUCUUCUUGUGCAAGAAUUUUAAGCUGAGUGAAGUCAGGUCAAUCAUAUUCGCGACUGGUAAGAGGAAAUUUUUUUAAUUAUUAUUAUCAUUUAUUAUUAUUUUUAUUAUUAUUAUUAUUAUUGUUGUUGUUGUUGUUGUUGUUAUUUUUCAGUAUCCAAUAAAAUAUUUGCAUGCAGGACUCAGCCACUGAAAAGUCCUGCCAAUGUCUCCGGGCUGGGUUGCCUUUUUUGUACAAUCCUUGGCACGUGGUAGCCUAGUCCCUAGGCCUCAUUUUUCCUCGCGGCCAAAGCGUUUCGGGUCUCGUGGUCCAUGCGAAAAUGUGAGUUUGUGUUUCCCGCCCGUUCGCCUCGGAUACGUCACCGAAACGAAUUGACCGAGAGGGACUGGGAAAACGCCGUACAGGGACUGGGCAAGGCCCUAAUACUAGGAUUCAUUUUCUCCACAGUGUUCCUAUAAAUUUCUCCUGGCACUGCUUGAGAGAAUUUGUUCGAACAUUAAACCAUUUCAUCUUUGGUGAUCAUUUCAUUCAUUCUCAUCACCCGUAUGUUUUUAUCAGGCAGUGUUAUUGCCGGGAGAAAUUGGAUGCUGAUCAUUGGUUAAGCUUGCAAAAACAUUACUGCUCGUACAUAACAAAGAAAAUGUCGAAGCUACACAAAAGGCUAGGUAAAGUAAGCCUUAUGUUCCCGGCUUCCCGGCAACUUAGACUACGAGUAGUCCCCAUUUUCCCUCAGGGAUAGUAGAGCGUGCGAAAUGCGAGCGCGCGUGAAAAUCACCCCACGCGAAAAAGGCUAGACGCGGCAGGGAGCUCUCGCGUUUCGCUUGGUCUAUCUCUGAGGAAAAAUGGGGACUAUUCGUAGUCUACCGGCAACUAGAAACUGUUAUUUUUCUCUCCCAUCUUGGCUGCUGGUUAGCCUGCGUAGCAAGUGUUUUGGAGAGGUUUCGGAGCAAAGAACGACGAACAAGAGUCAAAGACCGCGCGAAAAAUGGCGCGAGUAAAAGAUCCUCCCCCUCUUCCCCCUCUUUCAUUUUUUGGCUCUUGUCCAUCUUCCCCACGGCCAAAACCGAAAAUCUUGUUCCUCGUCGUUCCUCGGUCUUUCUUUGCUCCGAAACCACACGGAAGCGCUUGGUACGCAGGCUACCUGCCGGUAUUAUACCUUUACUUUAACAUAUCGUGUUUGACUCUUUUUAGUGAGAGCUUCAAGAUUACCCAUUGCUUAAGGGUUGACAUCUCAUCAUAGUUUUGACGGUGUCUUUACUGGACUUAAAUUCUUGUUUCAUAGUUGCUGGUGUCCUUGUCGCAGAUUUUCUUUCCGGAUUAGUCCAUUGGGUGGCAGAUACAUGGGGCUCCGUGGACAUACCAGUAUUUGGUAGAGCUUUCAUUCGUUCUUUUAGAGAGCACCAUGUGGAUCCCACAGCCAUAACAAGACAUGACAUCAUUGAGACAAACGGAGACAACUGCCUUGUAACACUACCUAUAUUGUGCUACAUGGUCUAUAGAUACCUCACUUUUGACCAAGAGAUUUUACAAGCUUCUUAUGGAGUUGAAUGUUUUGGGUUUUCAUCGGUCGUCUUCGUCACCCUUUGUAACCAGAUCCACAAAUGGUCCCAUAUGUACUUUGGUCUGCCAAUUUGGGUCCAGAAACUCCAGGACUGGCACUUAAUCAUGCCUCGGAAACAUCAUCGCAUCCAUCAUGUGUCUCCUCAUGAGACAUACUUCUGUAUCACAACUGGCUGGCUCAACUAUCCACUGGAAGUGAUCAAGUUCUGGCCAUGUUUAGAAUGGUUGAUUGAAAAAGCAACUGGCGCCAAACCCAGGCCUAAUGAUCUUAAGUGGUUGGGAAAAUCUGAAUAA